AUGGGUGCGCAUAGACAGAAGUCAAUAGAUCUGGGUGUCCCAGCUGAUGCCGCUGAUUUUUCCGCGCAAUUCCGGGUCAUUGAAGGACUGACCGAAAAUGUCAUCAACAGGGGAGAUAUGUCAGAACACAACAUACUUUUAUUAUCAUUUCUGGGUGUAAUCGCAAUCGCACUGGUUUCAGCUGCGGCAGAUGACCCACAGAUUACUUACCUCGGCUCUGGAUGCAGCGAGAGUCUAAACAGGACUUACAAAAAUUUUACUGCUUUCAAUAACAAUCAAGCUGUUGUUUUCGGAUCGCUUGCCUCAAAUCUGUCUUCUAAUGGAUCCCAUUUCGCCACUUCAGUCAUCGACAACGGCACCGCAGAUCCAGUGUAUGGACUUGUUCAAUGUAGACAAUAUCUCACACCCAACGAAUGCUUACAGUGCUUCACCGCAGCCAAGGCUAAAGUGAAGGAGUUUUGUCCUAAAUCUAAUGGAGCAAAGAUUCAUCUUCAUGGCUGUUUUCUGCGUUUUGAGAAUGACACUUUCUUUGAUGGGAGAGAACACGGUGGAGAUGCUGAGAAUUGCUCCACCGUGUCUGAGACUGUAGACUUCUCCAACACAGCUAUGCUCUACAAACGAUGGCUAUGCUCGUCCACAGAGAAUGAAAAUCGGUCUAAGUCCAAAAGAGUGCCUAUAUUGUUAGGAAGCGUUGGGGGGGGGGAGUUUUGUUGGCGGCGGUGUGUGUUGCUGUGCUUUGUAGAUAUUGCCAGUGCCGCCAGAGGUUUAAGAGCAUCAUCCCUGUCUUUGCCAAAACAGUUUGUGAGAACAGAACAUUUGAUGAUAAGAGGAUCUGGAUGCCAGAGAGAGCAAGUUACAAUUUAUAAUUACGAAACUCUUCGAGAUGUAACUGCUAAUUUCGAUCCCAGUAAACUACUUGGAAAAGGGGGAUUCGGCGAAGUUUACAAGGGAAAAGUUCUAGAUGGAAAAGUUAUUGCCGUUAAGAAGCUUAGCGAAAGACAAACAACGCAAGCCAUGAAUAAAUUUCUGACAGAAGUGAAGUUGAUCAGUAGUGUUCGUCACCGCAAUCUUGUUUGUUUGCUUGGCUGUUGCUCGCACGACCAUGAGCGAUUGCUAGUUUAUGAAUUUAUGGCCGUGCGAGCAACAGCCAAGCAAACGAACAAGAUUUCAGGUGACGAACACUACUGA